AUGCGGCGCACGUUGCUGCGCUCUCCUCUGUUUUUCACUGAUUUCGCUGCAGAUAAUACGAGUCUAGGCCUCGGCACACCGAAGCAAGCUGAAGAUGUCAUCCACCACCAGCACCACCAGCACCACCAGCACCACCAGCAGCAGCACCACCAGCACCACCAGCAGCAACAGCACCAGCACCACCAGCAGCACCAGCAGCACCACCAGCACCAGCAGCAACAGCACCAGCAUCUCACCCCUGCUCAGCUUGCAGCCUAUUAUCCCCCGAAUCCUGGAAUUCCUGCCUUUACACCUCAUUUCUGGACACCAUCAACCCUUGCGUAUAAAGAGAUUGGCAGAAUUUAUGCUAAAGGAGCGACUUACACACAAGAAGAUGUUGUGUGGAAUGCAUGGACAGCAAUUCUUAAUAUCUACUUUCCCUCCCAAGAGGAUGUGAACGGUGUGACUUGGGCUGUCCGCCGAGAAGCAUACAGAGGAAUGGGCCAGACACCUUCACAGAUCAGGCCAGAUGUGAUAGCAGUGAAACUAACGUCCUCUCCAACGACACCUGGCCAGCCCCCUCAGGAUUCGGAAAGAGAUUACCUAUGGGUGGAGUGUAAAGCUGCAAGUCAUGACACGCCGCACGGAUGGAAAGAUCUCAUGAUAGAGACAGUGGCACGACUUAGCCACGCUCAUGCUACGCGGCCUUUGAACUUCAUACUCGCCGUGGGAUGGAAAUGUAUGUUUUUUGCCUGGGACCCUGCGAAUACCCAACAGCAACGGUUACAGUACCACAUCUGGAAGGCGGACAGAGUUGGAACGUGGCCUGUGGAUACCCGCGUCAGAGCGUUCAGAUCCUUUCCUUGGGUCGACGCCAUUAGGGGGUAUAUUACCGUAGAAAAGGCGAUUGAACUUGAUUCCUGGAGCCUCGCUCCCCCCUUUGCUGGAGCAAAUGUACUAAAAAAUGGGAAUAACCUAGGUCUGGUUGAGAUUCUUCUUCUUACAAUCCGAGGAAUGCCAUAUCAUUUACAUGUACUAGCUUAA